AUGGGAAGCAAGUUGCUCAACUGUAAGAAUCUGAGCUUGAUGCAGACACCAGAGGUUUAUUGGCAUGAUGAUGGGUACUUUAUCAUUAAUCUGUGUUCUAGUGAUGAUAAAGAUACUAUACUUUGUUCUGGUCCUCAUAUGUUCCUUGGAAAACCAGCAAUAGUUAAGUUUCCUAAUCUCCCACUUAAUUGUUGGGGAUCUGAUACUCUUAGCCGUAAUGGAAGUUUGCUUGGAGUGCCAAUUUGUGCUGAUGAGUGUACUACUAGACAGCUUAGAGUGUCUUUUGCUAGGGUUCUAAUUGAAAUUGAUGUUAGAAAGCCUAUGCCUAACACUGUCGUGGUUGAGAGUCCCUCAAAGGAACUGCUGAAGCUCAAGGUAGUGUAUGAGUGGGCUCCACCUUUUUGCUCUAAGUGCAACAAGGUUGGCCAUGAUUUCUCUAAUAAACCUGCUCCUGCUAAGCCUAAGCAGGUUCAUAAGCAGCCAGCUCCUGUUGCUCCUAAGCAGAAGCAACCUAGUCAAACUCCUGCUCUUGUUGUUUAUGUUGAUGCUUCUGUUCAUGGGCAAUCUGUUAUCAAUCCACAGGUUCAUACUCCUCAAAACUCAGAUGAGGGGUGGAGAAUAGUUGGAAGGAAGAUAAAAGGCCAGCAAACUAGGGUUAAUCAGCCUGCUUCUACCUCUAAUGCUUUUGUUGCUUUAUUUGCAAAUGAAAUGGAUGGUGCAGAUAGAGUAACUGUCAAUGUCUUAAAGAUUCAUGAGCAGUUUAUACAUUGUUGUGUCCUUUCUAAGGAUCUUUCUACUCAAAUUCAUCUCACUGUUAUCUAUGGGCUUCUUUCUAUUCAUGAUAGGCUUCCUAUGUGGGAAGAGAUUAGGAACAUCUCUAUUCAGCAUUCUCCUUGGCUCUGUGCUGGUGACUUUAACUCUAUUCUUCAUACUUCAGAUAGGCUUCAUGGUACUGAUGUUACUGAUUAUGAGACUAGAGAUUUCCAGAGUUUGGUUGAUGAUUUGGACCUCACUGAGGUAAAGAGCAAAGGAGCCUUCUACUCUUGGUCAAAUAAGGCUCACAUUGGUCCUAGAACUCUUUCUAGGAUUGAUAGAGUCUUUGGUAACCAAGCUUGGUUGGACUCUCAUGGUCAUGUUGAAACUGUCUAUCUUCCCCCUUCUUUAUCUGACCACAGUCCAGUUCUUUUGGAUAUUUGUCCUGCUCCUGCUGGGAAAGGUAGACCUUUCAGAUUUCUCAACUGUAUUGCUGAUCAUCCUGAUUUCCUUGAUAUUGUUUCUCAGGCUUGGUGUUCUGGUAGUUCUGUCUGGCAGAAGCUUAAUUCUGUGAAGUCUAGUAUCAAGUCUCUUAAUAGCAAGCAGUUUGGCAGUAUUGCUGAGAAGAUUGAUCAAGCUAAUGUUGAACUUGCUGGAAUUCAAAACUUAAUGGCUCAGAAUCCUGAUUAUUUGGAUUUUUAUGCAAAAGAAUCUGAUGCUAUUAAGGUUGUCAAACACUGGAAUGAUAUUCAAGAAAGCAUCUUCAAACAAAAGUCUAGGAUCAACUGGAUUAAGCUUGGAGAUGGGACUAAGGCUCCUUGGCUUCCUGCUAUUGAUCUUGUUACUAUGAGGAGAGGUAAACAGCUUAGCUCUGUAUCUCAGAGCUAUCUCAUUCGUCCUGUUUCUCAUGCUGAAAUUGAUGCUGCCCUUAAAGGAAUAGAUAGCACUAAAGCUCCUGGCUUUGAUGGCUUUAACUCCUUUUUCUUUAAGAGAGCUUGGCAUAUUGUGAAAGAUGAUAUUUAUGCAAGUGUUAUUGAUUUCUUUACAAAAGGGAUCUUUCCUAAGCAAUGGAAUUGCACAACUAUCACUCUUGUUCCUAAAAUCCCUAAUCCUUCUCAUGUUAAGGAUUUUAGACCUAUAGCUUGUUGCACUGUGGUUUAUAAGCUUAUUUCUAAGGUCAUAACUGCUAGGCUUGCUGCUGUCAUUGGUGAGGUCUUUGAUGAUGCUUAA